GCCGGUCCCGAUCCGGUCCGUGCCGUGCUGCUAGCACCGAGACAGCUCCCCUCUCAGCACAAUGGCCUGCCAAGAGAGUGAGUACCUGGAUGACCAGAAGAAAUGUGUCCCCUGCAGGAAGUGCAUGCCCGGGCAGGAGCUUUCCAAGGACUGCGGCGAUGGCAGCGGCGGGGACGCGCAGUGCGUGGCCUGCCCCCCCAGGAAGUUCAAGGACCGCUGGGGACACCACGGCUGCAAGCCCUGCCUGUCCUGUGCCCUCAUCAACCGCGUGCAGAAAUCCAACUGCACAGCCACGGCCGACGCUGUCUGCGGGGAGUGCCUGCCGGGGUUCUACAGGAAGGCGCGGAUCAGCGGGCAGCUGGAGUGGGAGUGCAUCCCCUGCACCAAGCAGACGCCGUCCUCCGAGCCACAGUGUCGCUCCAGAACAAACCUGGUGAAGGUCGCUGUCCCUACUGUACCACCACAGGACACAGCCCUUCUUGCACUGACCAGCAGUGCCCUGGUCAUCAUCGUCCUGGUGCUUCUGGCACUUUCCAUCAUCUACUGCAAGCGAUUCUGGAAAAGCCAGUGCCAGAGAGUCUUCCUGAGGACUCAGAACUUCUCGGGCCAGCGAGCAACCUUCCCAACUGCAGCAGCUCCUGGCAGGUUCCUGUGUGAGGAGCAGAUGUCUGGACCCUGCUGCCUGGGUGUGAAGAAUUUGAGCCCUUGCUACAGGCAGGCAGAAGGCCCCGUGGAAGCUGUGCAGUUCAUUUCUGAUGGGGAAGCCGUGGGUCUCCAGCUCCCCUCUCUCCAGCCAGAGAUGGAGUUGCCACCAGCCAUCGCAGCCAGCACUGCCUCCAAGGCCCAGCUGGGCAGGAGCCUGCUGGAAAGCCAGCCCCUGAUCCGGGCCCCGGGCCAUGGGGACUGCCUGGAGGGGGUCCUGCUGCCCCCCGGCCCCAGGCAGGGCACGGUGGAGGCCCUGGCCCCCCUCUCCUCCUGCGCCUCCGAGAUGCAGCACAAGUGGCCCCACGCGCCCGUGGAGUGCACUGAGCUGGACCUGCAGAAGUUCUCCAGCCAGGCGGAGUUUGUGGGUGCUGAGAGGCUGGAGGACGCGGCUGGCCGGGCUGGGAGGAGGAUUCCAGCAGAGAGCAGUGCUGGGGUGCAGGAGGGGGCUCAUCACCUGCCCACAGCUGAAACCCCACCUGGGGAGCAGCCGGUGGGUGAUGCCCAGAGCCUGGUGACUCAGAUCAGCAGCACGGCCAGUGGUCUCCCCAUAGCAGAGCUGCCCCAUUCCUUGGUGCAGUCUCUGGCCUUCCUGUUGGACCCUUCCUUGAACGGAGUGAAGAACUUCAGCCACGUGGCUCUGGAGCUGGGGCUGAUGCCGCAGCUGCUGGGGCGGAUCUCGGGCUUUGAGCAGCUGGUGGCACACUUCACCUCUGCAGGAGCCGUGGUCACCGUCCCUCUGCUGGCGCGGGCGCUGCAGCGGCUCCAGCGCUUCGACGCCCUGCUGCUGCUCUGUGACCACUUCACGCUGAGCCCCGCGCCCGACCGCCAGCGCUAGGGGACACCCGGGGACACAGGGAC